GAUGAUGAAAUUUGAUGAUUAUGUGUUACAUUAUUUAAGAGAAGCAAAUUUGAAGAAAUUUUGCAUAUAUAGAUUGCAUAUGAAGAAAUUUUGCAUAACUUGGAGAAGCAAAUUCUAUCGUUUAUAAUUGUAGUUCAUGUUGUGAUUUGUUUGGUGGGAUGGCGGAUGAUGAUGGACCUUGGUAUGGAAGAUUAAUCGAUGAGUGGGAUAAGGAGCAUCGUGCUCGUGCCAUUGGGAACGGACAUCUUGUAGUUGCUAUGCGCAUGAGGGGACAUUCGGCUGAUGACUUUAUUUACGACCCACGGCCGGAGACUCACUCGUUCCACCUUCCAUUUGGGGAGAUGACGAUGACCCUUGAGGACAUGGCUAUGAUAAGCGGCCUUCCUAUCAACGGAUAAGCUGUUACCGGUCGUGUCAGUGCCGUUAAUUGGCGAGAACGGACUGGCAUUUUAAUUGGUGUUCAGCCCGACGCCCUUGAGGAAGGCAAGGCCGAUACCGCGAGAGUGAGGCAUUCUUGGCUAAAAGCGGUUAGAGGAAACACCAAUCCGUGCCCUCAGGGUGCUAAUGACGUGGUUGUGCAGCAGUACACGCGGGCCUAUCUUUGGUAUGUGCUUACCAAGGUAGUCUUCUCAGAUGCAACCGGGAACUCGGCCCUCUGGAUGUUCCUGGAGCUACUCAAUAACUGGGAUACCCAGUAUAGUUGGGGUUCGGCCGCACUAGCAUAUUUGUAUCGUCAGGAAGGGAGAUACAUCCUCAUUGGCUGGGUUUGUUUGGAGCCUAUCCGUGUGGAUGUGGGAGCGGAUCCCGGUUGGACGGCCCGAUAUCAAGGACCCCAACAUGGCAAACCCACGGGGUAAUCCAGACGGGCUGCAUGAUGAUGAUCCAUAUCGGCACCCUACGCUUGCUUACUAUUGGGAACAAGUGACAGUGUACACAGGAAGCUCGCGUGUGCGAUACAAGUGCUAUAUGAACGAGCUGGACACCUUGACUGUUGAGCAGGUACAUUGGUUGCCUUAUAUGGAAGAUCGUGACUAUGAUCUUAAUGAGAUGUGCACGCGUGAUAGCCAUCUUUGGCGGGCGAGGUGCCCAAUGAUAUGCUUCUUCGCAGUCGAGUGGCACUUUGUAGACCGUGUGACAAGACAAUUUGGAAGAAGACAAGGUAUUCCAAUUGAGGAGAGCAACGAGGAAAUGCUAUCUCUGCAUCGGUUCGAUCGAAGGAACAAUCAGGAUAUAUCGGAUUGGGCAAACAAACACCGUGCGUGGAUAGAAAUUUGGAAUCAAAGAGACACGUUAGUGCAAUCAGAGAAUAGACCUCACAAUCAGUCAGCAUAUCAGAAGUAUCAAGUGUGGUAUGCGAAUCGUUACCGGUUAAAGCUAAAGCCUGGUUGGACUCACGAGGAGUGGUCGGAGUUGGUAUCUGAAGACCCGGAGACUGCAGAAGGUUAUCAUACCUUCGACACGGCUGUGAGAGACACCAGAGGGGCUCACGUUGACUAUGCACCGAUGCAUGACGAAAUGGGCAGAUCGUUGCUUCUGUGCGUCAACGAUGCCAAUGUUGCACUGAGUCAUCCACCUGGUGGUGUAUUAUCUGAGAGGACUCUUAGGAGCACGAUGGAGAAGUUCAAGAAGCGGUUCCAUAAGAUGGCAGCAAUGCUUUCUUGCCAUGGUGCUCAGUCCAGUGACGUGUAUGCACCUGGUACCCGCGCCAGAGCUAAUAGACGGUGUUAUAUCCAAAACGAUGAGGACAUGGAGGAGGUCCAUGAAGAGGAGCCAUCACAUUAAGAGGAGCCAACACAAGAUGAGGAGCAUGAGUAUGAUGCAACACAUCAAUAGGAUCAUGAGUAUGAUGUUGAUGCUCCACAACCAUCACAGGUUACACAACCGACACAAGGCAAUGCUCGCUCUAGGAAAGGCAAAGCCAUAGCUAAGACACCAGGCAAGAAAGAUAGAAAGAAGACAUGGAACACACAAUUCCAUAGUCCGGAGUAUCCUCGUCAGCUUAUCCCAAUAGGAAUGCAAAGAUAUAAGGCCAACAUUGAGGCGGAGGAGGAGGCAUACAACGAAGAGGAGGAGCCUACACUUCCAGCACUCGUGAAGAGAGGAAGGAGGAAGUGAGCUUCUUGUUUGGAAGUGUAUGAACUAGGUGGCGUUUGUAUGCAUGAACUUGGUGUUGUGGUAAAAACUUUUAAGGUUGUCUUGAAUUUGGUGUCUUAUGUAUGCACUUGGUGUCUUAUGUAUGCAUGAAUUUGUCGUGAUGAAA